AUGGAUUUUCUAAAUUACAACUCUACUGACGGGUUAAUAGACUUUGACAACGAGACGCUGUUUAUAACUCCUGAGAUUCAACCCAUCCAAAUUAUGACUCUCGUCUUCUAUGGGCUUGUGGCCCUACUGGGAGUCCCAGGUAAUGCUGUGGUUUUGUGGGUGACUGGGUUCUGCAUGACCCGUUCCGUCACCUCCAUCUGGUUCCUCAACCUGGCUUUGGCUGACUUUCUGUGCUGCCUCUCCAUCCCGCUGCUCAUGGUCCCUCUUGUCCAUGACGACCACUGGCACUUCGGUCCGCUGGCCUGCACGCUGGUCAAAGGUCUGUUCUACCUGGUGAUGUACUGCAGCGUCCUGCAGCUGGUUCUGAUCAGCCUGGAUCGCCUGAUGCUAGUGAAAAAACCCAUCUGGUGUCAGAACAACAGGCGACCCAGAUAUGCUGCUUUCAUGUGCUUGGUGGUGUGGUGUCUCGCCCUGCUCGGAAGCAUCCCUCAGUUCAUCUACGCCCGGCACAUCGAGGCAGGGGAAGAGAAGAGAGAGUGCCUGAUUGGGUACCCUAAAAGACAAAUCUGGUUCAUUGCCGCCUUUCGCUUCAUGGUGGGAUUCAUCCUCCCCUUCCUGGUUAUUAUCUUCUGUCACCUUAUGGUGUACCGCAGCACUCAGAGGGGGCUAUCACGGGGUCGGACUCGCUCCAAGCGAACCGUGAAGGUCAUCGUCACCGUGGUGCUGAGCUUCUUCCUUUGCUGGAUCCCCCUGCACAUCAUGGAUUUCAUCACCUUGAACACCCCUUUGACAUCCUCCCACAGCCCAAGGGUUUACAUAGCACAUACCUUGGCACUUUGCUUGGCUUAUUUUAACAGCUGCAUCAACCCUUUGAUCUAUGUGUGCAUUGGCCGAAGCUUCAAAGACAGCGUCAACCGUUCGCUGCGCAACAUCCUUCACUUCAUCACCGAGGAGCCACACUCCAAGGGGAAUGUCACCAACAAUGACACCAAGAGCACCAGCAGCGGAAAGGAGAUGACCAAAAUCUAA